AAUUUUCCCACGCGCUAAAGGUGAGAGGAGAUCUCACUUCCCUUCUUCACUCACUCUGCAACUUCGAGAUCACGGCAAAGAAUGGCGCCAACAUCACCAUUGUACAAUCAGCUCAAGGCUGCUGAACCAUUCUUCUUGUUGGCUGGUCCAAAUGUGAUCGAAUCCGAGGAACAUAUUCUUCGAAUGGCAAAGCACAUUAAAGACAUUUCCACAAAAGUUGGGUUGCCUCUGGUUUUCAAGUCAAGUUUUGAUAAAGCUAACAGAACUUCUUCAAAGUCAUUUCGAGGUCCUGGCAUGGCCGAGGGUCUGAAGAUUCUUGAGAAGGUGAAAGUAGCAUAUGAUCUUCCAAUAGUUACUGAUGUUCACGAAUCAAGCCAGUGUGAAGCAGUUGGCAAGGUUGCAGAUAUAAUUCAGAUUCCAGCAUUCUUAUGUCGCCAGACAGAUCUUCUGGUUGCAGCAGCACAAACCGGAAAAAUUAUCAAUAUUAAGAAAGGACAAUUCUGUGCUCCUUCUGUCAUGGAAAAUUCAGCCGAGAAGAUCAGACUGGCUGGGAAUCCAAAUGUUAUGGUUUGUGAAAGAGGAACCAUGUUCGGAUACAAUGAUUUGAUAGUAGAUCCACGAAACUUUGAGUGGAUGAGGGAAGCUAAUUGUCCUGUUGUCGCUGAUAUAACCCAUUCACUACAACAACCUGCAGGCAAGAAGUUGGAUGGUGGUGGUGUUGCUAGUGGAGGCCUUCGCGAGUUAAUACCAUGCAUUGCAAGAACAGCUGUAGCAGUUGGCGUCGAUGGAAUUUUCAUGGAGGUUCAUGAUGAUCCUCUAAGUGCUCCAGUUGAUGGUCCAACUCAAUGGCCUUUGCGCCAUCUAGAAGAACUCCUGGAAGAGCUCAUUGCGAUUGCGAGGGUCACAAAAGGGAAGCAGCGGCUCCAAAUCGACCUUACACCCUACCGUGAUUAAGAUCAAAGGCUCAGUAAUCCCGAGCUUUCACAAGUUUGCAAGUACAGUUCCUCUUUCUCGGUUCUCGCUCUCUCGAAACUCGAAAGCGAAGCAUACCAGAAGACGGCAGAUGUGGGGAAGAAGACGACGGUCUUCGCGAAGUGAACUUGUUAGAUUGCUAAUACAGAGGAAAUGCGUAGUUGAUCGGUCUCACUGCAUUUUUGCUCGCAUCUAAGUAGGAGGACUAUUGGCAUCACAGGGGGAGAGCAGCCAAAAUGAUUAACUUUUUCUUCGCAUCCCUCCGGGCAAAAGGUAAAAAUCUCUGGCUUAUGAUUCCUUUUAGGUGUGUGCUUAUGUGUAAAUGAUCAACUUCAUAAUAGAAUUAGUGUUUUACU